GUUUUUUAACGGCAGAACCAGACAGCGCCGGUAUGAAGUUUGUGUGGGGCGGCUGUGAGCGGAUCAGAGGAGAGAGAGAGAGGAACAAGAGACGGAGUUCUUUAGCAGGCCUCAGAGGUCACCAUGUUUGCCCUGUCAGAGCUGGUCCCCCUGAACCAGCAUCAGAGCAGGUCCAAGCUCUUAAAGCCCUGGUGGGAGGUCUUCAUGGACUACCUGGUGGUCCUGAUGCUGAUGACGUCCGUCCUGGCCUGUACUGAGCAGCUUUCUAGGGACCGGGUGGUGUGCAUUCCUCUGGAUCCACUUUAUACAGCAAAUACCAGCGACCACAGUCCAGCUCCCAGUGGGGAUGUGGGACUGAAUCCAUCCUCAAAACCUCCACAAAACAUCAGUCUAGAUCUUCAUCCUCCACCGACUGGACGAAGGGUACACCUGGUCUAUCAGCAGUACAUUUAUAUCAGCCAGGUGUGCUACCAUGAAGCUCUUCCUUUCUGCUCCCGUUUCUUCCCCUACAUGGCCUUGCUGCAGUCUCUGGUUCUUGUAGCGAGCGGAUCCUUCUGGCUCCACUUCCCUCACACCUCGGCUCGCAUCGAACACUUCCUGGCCAUCUUAGCAAAGUGCUGUGAAUCCCCCUGGACGUCCCAGGCUCUGUCCCUCGCAGCUCAGGAGGAGAACAUCCACGAGAAGGAGCUGGAGGAGAAGAGACGGCCUUCACAACAUGCUCCACAUUUUAAUUCGACACCAGUGACGUUUAAAAGUCGGUCUAGCAUGGAUUCAGACACAGAGAGCCCGCUUUUAAAGAGGGUAGAUGGCGCCCCUCCGUCUCCGUGUCCCUCCACGGUCUCCUGUAACUCCACCUGUUCAAACAGCUCUCAGGUUUCUUCUUUCAAACCCUCAGUUAUGGUGGACAGUCCCAGGCAGGUUAUCAGUCUGGAUAAAAGUGAUGGAGAGCAGGCCAGGGCGCUGUUUGAGAGGGUGCGGAAAUUUAGAUCCCACUGUGAAAUCUCAGACGUCAUCUACAAGGUCUACUUGUCUCAGACGAUAUUCAAGCUGCUGAUGGUGACGUUGAUUGUGAGUUACACCGUCCCUGUCCUCAGCUCCUUCAGCUUCACUCACACCUGUCACCCUGAGGAGCAGGCCUUAGUGGGCUACGACACCUUCGAGUGCAUCCAUGUGAUCUCCUCUCUCAUGAGUAAACUGCUGGUGGCCUAUCUGAGCCUGCUGGGGCUGUACGGCCUGCUCAACAUCUACACCCUCAGCUGGAUCUUACACAGCUCUUUAAGACAGUACUCCUUCCACUCUAAGGACCUCUGCUCCCUCAGAGACGUCCCCGACCUCAGAAAUGACCUGGCCUUCCUCUUGCACAUGUUAGACCAGUACGACCCCCUGCUGGCCCGCCGUCUGUCCGUGUUUUUGUCCCCUGUCAGCGAGAGCCGGCUGCUGGAGGAGAGUCUGGAGAGGCGCUGGGGCGAGGAGAAGCUGCGUGCCAUGAUGACUGUGGAUGCAGACGGCUGCUCCAGACUGCAGCUGGUGGCUCUGCCUCGCCUCCCCCCAGCCCUCUUCACCCUCAGCCAGCUUCAGGUCCUGAAGCUGGAGCUCAUCGCAGAUGCCAGGUUCACUGCACAGGUGGCCAACAUGGCCGCACUCAGGGAGCUCCAUCUCUACCACUGCACAGCAGCCGUUGACCCCGGUGCUCUCGGCGUCCUUCAGGAACGUCUCGAAGUCCUCCACCUUACUUUCACUCAGGCCUCAGAGAUCCCCAGCUGGGUCCUCUCCCUCCGCAGUCUGCAUGAGCUCCACCUCUGCGGCCGCCUGAGCAGUGAUGGUGGAGUUGGCCGAAGCUGGGCGUUUGGGAGCCUGAGACAGUUACACCACCUCCGAAUGCUGUCCAUCAGGGGCAGGCUACAGCGGAUCCCCGGUGAGCUGUGUGAGGUUGCAGGUAGCUUGGUGAGGCUGGAGAUCAUCAACGAAGGCACCAGGCUGCUUGUUCUCACAGGGUUGAAGAGGAUGGUGGACCUGACAGAGCUGCUGCUGCAGGACUGUCAGCUGGAGCGUUUACCCUCCGCCCUUCUGGCUCUCACGAACCUGCGGACUCUUGACCUGCAGCACAAUAACCUGAGAACUCUUGAGGAGCUGCUCACUCUGGCUCAUCUGAGACGUCUCUCCUGCCUCAGGCUCGCCUUUAACCGAGUCCUGGUGCUGCCGGCCAGCGUUGGAGUUCUGCGAGGUUUAGAGCUCCUCGAUUUAUCAAACAACCAGCUCAGGAGCCUUCCUCCUGCUCUCUUCUCUCUACGCCGUCUUCGAAGGCUCCUGCUAGCCGGUAACCUCCUGGAGGAGCUUUCUGCAGAGGUGAAAUCACUGCAGCUGCUCACAGAGCUCGACCUCAGUGGGAACAGAUUAGAGAGCCUACCUCUGGAGCUCUUCAGCAGAUGUUUAGAGCUGCGGGUCCUCAACGUGGCUCACAACUCUCUGAGCGCUUUACCUGCUGGGAUCGCAGCUUUAAGCCAGCUCAGCAGGCUGGACCUGCGCAGUAACAGUCUGGAGGAGCUGCCGGCUGAGCUGGGCUGCUGCUCAGGUCUGUAUGGAGGGGGUCUUCUGGUGGAGGAAUGGUUGUUCCUCUCUCUGCCUCCACAGAUCAGGGACUUCCUGAGGCGCUCUUUCUGCCCCUCAGAGAAACACUCAGAGAAUCAUGAUCGACCAGAGUCUGAUAGUUUCCCAUAUUUCUCUCCAACACAGUGGAGCUUCUCCUCUGCUCUGGAAUCACAGAUUUAAGACGGCGUUCCAAAUUAGUAUGCAAAUGAUAUUUUUCUCUUAUUUUCCUAAAUAUUAAUGCAAAUGUCAGUCAGAAUAUUUUUCAAGUCAUCAGCUGCAUCAGCAUAA